AUGUCUGCGGAGCUGACGCCUUCAAAACGGGGACUGGACCUGGGGCAGGCACAGCUCUCCUUCCUGCACCUCCUCUUCUGCAUUGGAGGCCUGGUGUUGAUGCCGUGGUUCGAAAUAAGCUGGAUCAGGUGUCUGUGCGUGCUGGCCACGGACGAGGAGGAUGAGGGGGACAUUGCCCUGCAGAUCCACUUCACCCUGAUCCAGGCCUUCUGCUGCGAGAACGACAUUGACAUUGUGCGGGUGAACGAUGUGGCCAAGCUGGCUGCCAUCGUGGGGCCCAGCGAGGAGUCUGGGGAGCCGCGGGACCUCCACUGCAUCCUCAUCACGAACCCGAAUGAAGAUGGCUGGAAGGACCCAGCUCUAGAAAAGCUGAACUUGUUUUGUGAAGAGAGCCGAAAUGUCAAUGACUGGGUGCCAACUAUCACCCUGCCUGAGUGAUGGUGACCCAGUGCACUGGGGAGGCUGAAACCUUUGUUGCAUUCUCAACGUGGCGUGGGUUCACCGAAGUGUGCAACAAGCUCCUGAUUCCAUGGAUUAGCCUGGUCAAGAGACUGGAUUAAAGUCACUCAGUCUGGCAUGCAGUGGGCUCUUACGGAGGAGAAAGAGAAGAGCUCGCCUUACCAGUGAGCCUCAGUAGGCUGCAACCGUGGAGAGGCUGACAUACCAUGGAACUGAAAGAAGUAUUGCAAGUUUCCUGGUCAAGUGGAGCUGUUUCAGAAGGCAGAGAGAAAGUUGGGAGAAGUGGGCCAAAACUUUCCAGAAGGACUGGACAGAGUACUGUAACUAGGAACUGUUGGUGCUGUCUACAAAACACAGAAGAAAUUUUCAAUAUUUGAUGGACUACUAGGGACUGGUUAAUAAGACUAAUACAGAGACUCCGAAGUGGACAGACUUCAACAGGCCUCUUGGGUCACUCUGCAGAACUGGUUGAAUAACGCAAUAAUUUUUAUUGAAAUAUUUGCUGCUAUUGAAGCUUUCAUAAUAAAUUUUUGACAAUUAA